UUUUUAGAAGAACACACAUUAAUUGUUUACUUUAACAGCCAAGGCGGAGCAGUAGAAGAAACUCUGAUUUGAUGGCAGCGGCGGGCGGCGGUGGAGGAGCGGGAGUGGAGUGGCACCAGCGCCCGCCAAACCCUAAAAACCCAAUCGUAUUCUUCGAUGUCACCAUUGGCAACAUUCCUGCUGGCCGCAUCAAGAUGGAGCUCUUUGCUGAUAUUGCCCCCAAAACCGCCGAAAAUUUCCGGCAAUUCUGCACGGGUGAGUACAGGAAAGCUGGAUUACCUGUCGGUUAUAAGGGGUGUCAGUUCCAUAGAGUAAUCAAGGACUUCAUGAUACAAGCUGGUGAUUUUCUUAAGGGUGAUGGUAGUGGCUGUGUAUCAAUUUAUGGAAGUAAACUUGAUGAUGAAAAUUUUAUAGCAAAACACACUGGCCCUGGCCUACUAUCAAUGGCAAAUAGCGGGCCGAAUACUAAUGGCUGUCAGUUCUUCAUCACUUGUGCGAAGUGUGACUGGCUUGACAACAAACAUGUAGUCUUCGGGCGUGUGAUUGGCGAUGGUCUUUUGACCGUGAGGAAGAUUGAGAAUGUAGCCACCGGACCCAACAACCGGCCUAAACUUGCUUGUGUCAUUGCAGAAUGUGGAGAAAUGUAGAGUUUGAUCUCUAACAUUAUUGUUAAUUGAUGUGGUAAAUUUGGGGAUAUAAAACUGGUGGCAGACUGCUGUUUUUAA